GCUUAGGGCGUAGCCGGGUAUAGGUUCCAUGUCAAGUUAAAAGAGCGCGGGUGCCCUGCCCGCGCGGGCUGCGCCGUUGCCUCGGAUGGCAGCGUAGAAUAUGCGGAGUCAUGCGUGCGCGCUCGGACACCAACCCACUGGACUGCGUUCAGACGGACGUCCCGCUUGGCGGAGGCCUGCUCUUGCGGGUGCUACCAAAGCAUUACAAGGAUGCGCCGGCUCAAAACCUGUAUGCUUCGGCGGCGAAUCUGCUCAAGGGGGCUUACAAGCGGCAUGGGAAGGUGGUUGCCGCCUACGUCUACUCACGGCCCUCGGAUGACGGCACCGUGAAACCCGGAGUUGCGGACCCGGUGCGGACGGUGCUGCUGCUGAGCAAGGAUUUGGAGCUGCAGGCAUGCGCAUGUGUCGCUGCGCUGAAAGUGGAAGGGCGGUUGAUGGUGAUUGUCCAUGCGUCCACCAGCCCCAAGUUCGUGCGCGUGCUGCUGCUGGCGCUGGGCCGGGUCGCAGCGGAGGCGGCAAGCCAGCCGUACCUCCUGGCGGUGGCUCAGGAGAACGAGGGCGACUUCCUGGCGCCGCUGGGCUUCAAGCACCCGCGCCUACAGGCCCCCCUGAAGUUGGUCUACACGGACCUUGCCGCUGCCACCAGUAAGGCGGAUGCAUACCUGGGCAGCGGCGCGCGCGUGUGGGCGCUGGAUUGCAAGGAUUUGGCCCCGCUGCUUGAGCAGCACAUCGCCGCAUUGCUGGCGCCCCCCGGUGCCUCCCCGACCGCCACGACGACAACCACUGCUGCCGCCGCCUUCGCCGCCGCCGCCGCCGCCGCCGCUGCCACUACACCCAAUCAUGCAUCGGCGGCGGGCACAGCAGCAGCAGGCAGCCGUGGUGAUUUUGGGAGCAGUGGCGGCACGCCAGGAUCCAAGGGGUUUUCGGCAGUUGUGAGCGCGCAGCAGCAUGGCUGCUGCACAAACGGUGGCGGCGGUGGCAAGCACCCGGGCAGCGGGGGCAACACGGCCGCCGCCGCAGGCAAGAGGCAGAGCAAGGCAGCUGCGGCGCCUGGCAACGCCGCCGCGACUGCUGGCCGUCACCACAAGAAGCAGAGCAGUGGUGCUGGCGGCAAGCGUGCAGGUGGUAAGGCGGCGCAUGCGGCGGCCCCCGACACAAGCAGCAGCAAUACCAGCAGUAACACAAGCGAGAGUGGCGGUGGCGCGAGCGGUAGCGGCAGCAGCAGCUCUGAUGGCAGCGACAACAGCAACAGCAGCAGCCCUGGCGGCGACAGCGGCUGCAGCAGUAGCGAGGGGGCAAGCGAGUCCGAGGAGGGUGAGGCAGAGGAGGAGGAGGCGGAGGGAGAUGGCAGGCACGGCGGCGGCGAUGCGAGGCGCCGGGUAAAAGUGGAGGAAGGUAGCAGCAGCCGCAGUAGUGGAAGCAGCGGCAGCAGCGAUGGUGCCGCAAGUGACGGCGAGAAUGCCGGCGGAAGUGCCGGCGGCGAGAUUGGCGGUAGGGGUGGCCGUGCUCACGGCAACCGGCAACCGGCCGAGGCUGCUGCUGCUGCUACUGCCGCCGCUGCCGGCAGCAGCGGGAAGCCGCCGUGCAAACAGCAGGGCAGGAGCCUCUUGCAGCAGCUGGAGAAGAAAAGGCCACAUGCAGCUGGCGCGGCAGCGGCGGCGGCGAACGUCAUGCGGCGCAAUGCCGAGUUCAUGAAGAGAAUGUUGUCUUGUGUAGAAGGCGGCGGUAUUUGUGCCGCCAGUCCGUUAGGGGAGGUCAGCGGACGGGCGCCCAAGCGGGCGCGCUGUGCGCCCGCCACCGAUGUGCUUCACGGCGGGAGCGGUGCCGACGACGCCAGCGGCGCUGCGGCGGCGGCGGCGGCGGAUGGCGCAGCAGGGCAGGCCAGCAGGCGCAAACCAGCUGGUGCUGCUGUUGCCGUGAAGACUGAGACCGGCGCCACUGCAGAUGCGGCCACGCAGGCGGGGGGUGCAGGGCCAGACGGCGGGGCGGGGGCGGACGGGUCGGCGGGGGCGCGGGAGCCGUGUGCGCCCAGUGGGCACAGGCGGGCUCACGCGCUGGUGCCGCAGCUGUGCCAGACGACGUCUCAAGCCAGGUGGCGCAGGCUCGCUGCUGCCACCACCGCCGCCUGGACAGCAGCAGGGCCGGCGGCGGCGGCAGCGGCGGCGGCGGCGCGGCCGCAGUCGCUGGCGGCGCCUGAGCGGCCGCCGCCGGGCUCACUGGCGUGCAGGCUGAUUGCGGGCCUGGCGCUGUUUGGCCUCAACCCGCAGCCGCUGCCGGCCGUUGCUGCGGCCGCGGGCCGGACAGCGGCGCGGGCACGGGCGGCGGCGGCAGCCCCGACGUCGGCGGCGGCGGCGGCGGCGGCGGCGGCGGUUGGCCCUGGAGGAAGCAGUGGCGUGAGCAAUGGAGGCAAGGCGGGGCCGGCUGGGCCGGAAGCGGCCGGGCGCGGCGGUGGUGAUCAGGGUGCGGCGGCAGGCGCUGUGGGGGCGGCUGCUGUUGCGCCCAUGGAGCUUGAUGUGCCGCCGGCUGCUGCACGUGACGGGCGGCCUGCAGCGGAAGGCGCUGCGGACCAUAGUGCUGCUGCUGCGCCCGCCGCCGCCACUUCCGCAGCGGGCGGUGUGGAGCCGGGAGGAGCGCCAGCUGCUGGGGCCUCGAAUCCUGCUGCUGCUGCUGGGCCAUCCGCGGCAACCGUGGCACAAGAAGAACCGAGGGGGCGGGGGCCCUCACCAGCGCAACCUGGGUCCGCAGCAGCACCACCGCUACCCCAGGAGCAGGCACCAGUGGAUGCACCCAAUGCACCACCGCUGGAGCGGUCGGCAGAGGCAAGACACGGGCCAGCUGUGGCGGCGGCGGCGGCGGCCUCGGUCAUCACAGGAACCGCGGCCUCCGGCUGCUCCGCGGUGCGGCGGCUGGCGGGGCGUGUGUCGGUGCUGGUAGUGGAUCUGCUGCGGAGCCUGGACUCGCUUGACGAGCAGGGAGCGGAGCAGGUGCUAGCGAUGCUUCCCUCGAGCCCGCAACUCCACGCAGCUGCCCCGGGGCGCGAAGCCGCACACCUGGGGGACCCUACCCAAGUGCCACCCGCCGGUGCUGCGGGGGCGCCGGCGGCGAAGGUGGCGGCAGUACCUCUCGGCGCAACGCCAGCAGCAGUAGCACGUGCGCCAACCGUGGGCGCCAACCACGGUACUGUGAAUGGAGCUCCUGCUUCUUUCUCGCAGCUGCCACCACCACUGUCGCAGCCAUCGCCAGCACAGCCACCAGCUGCCGCCGCCGCUGCCCCUGCCGCUGCUGCCGCUGCUGCCGCUGCUCCUUCCGGAAUCCCAGCACCCACCUCCCAGGCAACCCGUCAGGGCAGCGGCAGCGCCUUGUUGCGAAGAGCAGCCGGCGCCGCCUCCUCCUUCCUCCUACGGCAGCCGCCGCCCCCGCAUUCCCACCCGCCUUUUCUUCCGCGGCGCCUGCCACCACCGCAAGCGCCACCGCGCCGCCUGCUGGUGCCUUCAUCGGCAGGCAUCGCCGCGACGAUGCUGCGAAUGGCGGCGGCGGCCAAGCGCGCCUCAGAACACGCACAGCGCACCCGCGAAGCCAGGGCGGCCGCUGCUGCUGCAGCUGCUGCUGCUGCAGCUAAAGCCGCCGCCUCUGCCGAAGCCGCAGCUGCAGCUGGUGCCGCUGCUGCUGGUGCCAUCAAGCUCACUCGUGGGCCUGGUCUGCGCCGGCCCAGUACCGCACCAGGGCCCGCCUCCGCCCCGACCUCGCCACAGGCUUUGGCCGGGUCCCCGAUCGCAGUGAAGCGGCAACAGGCGGCGGAACUGGCGCGGAGGGCAGCAGCAGGGCCGGCAGCGGCGCUCGCGGCAGCAUCGUUGCUACUGCCGGCGGGCGCGCGACGCGGCCGUGCCGCGGCGGCGGCCGCGGGCCAGACCUGGCGGACAGCAUUGAACAUUGGGGGGCUUGCUACGAAGAAGCCGGGUCCGAAGCCGCGCCUUGAGGACCCGCAGCCCCAGUGCCCGCAGGCUCGCCAGCAGCGGCUGAGGCUGCGGGCAGUGCGGGCGGGAGGGAGCGGGAGGGUGUCGGAGGAGGAGGCGGGUGGCGAUGGCGAUGGUGACGGCGACGGCGCAGUAGAGCGGCGGCGGCUGGACGGCGCGCUCUCCACAGCGGCGCAGGGCGCGGCACGCGGCCGGCAGCGAAAGCUGCUCGCCAGCCAGAUCGCGCAAGUGCGCGCGCGGCAGCAGCAACAGCAGCAGCAACAGCAGCAACAGCAGCAACACACCCUUUCGUCACGAGCAAGCCUCGCUUACGAUGCGCCAGAGCAAGGUGGGCAGGGGCGGUAUCCCAACGCCGCGGCCGGCGGCGCGCCCGGGGCCGCGGCCGCAGCUGCAGGCCAUCAUCCGCUGCAGGACGGACCCGACCUCCCGCCGCGUUCGCGCCUAUCGCCCUCGCCGGCGGCUCCGCCUGUCGGCCCCGCCACGGCACCAGUGCCUCCGCCCUUCGCCGCCCGCGCUUCCGCGCACACCGCAAGCGCCGCCUUGGGCCUCGCCAAGCAAGCCCUUGGCGUCGCCGCCACCACCACAACCACCACAGCAACCGACGCCGCCCUGCAAGCUGGUCUUGCGGCCGCGGACAAGGAGGCGGGUCGCGGCAAGGCGCCGCUGCGUUUGGCGGCUGCGGACAUGCCGGCUGAGCCCCUGCCCUUGGGGAUGUACGGUGACACGCACUUGGCUCCACCGGCAGGGGCGGCGGUGGGCGAGGCGGAGUGGAGGGCGAUGGCGGACGCCGCCGUGGCAUGGCUACGGGAGCAGCGGUCGGGCGUGUGGGUGUCUAUCGAUGCGCUGAUCGACGGCGUAUCGCAGCGCUUCGCCCUCUCAAUGGCAGGAAUGCCGGCAGCGUCCUCGGCAGCCGCCGCGGAUGCCACGAAUGCAUUUCACUCGGAGAUUGCCGGGGGCACAGCCAAGGCCGCGGCGUCGGGUUUGGCGCCAGAGGGGGCGGCAAGGGCACAGGCGGCGGCAAGCAAGAAGGAGAGCGCACGCAGUGGCGGCUGCGAGGCCCCUGCUAGUGCUCCGUGCAGCUCGACUGCUCACACCAACACAGCCGCCGAAGCGGCUGCCACGGCGGUCACUGCUGGAGCCAGCGCUCGCGGUGCGGAGGCGAGUGGCGGCGGCGUGGUCUCGCAGCCCGAUGCCGCCGUUGCAGCGGCAGUAACAGCUGCAGUAACAGCAGCAGACGCAGGUGCAGGUCCAGGUGCAGGUAGUACUGCGACCACUGCUGCCGUUGCUGCCUCUGACACCACCGCUGGCGCCGCAGCCGAUCCAACUGCCGCCGCGCCUGCCGCGCCUGCCGUGCCUGCCGCCGCUAACGGCGACGCCGGCGCGGCGCCCAGCCCCUUCACCCGGCAGCUGUGGAAGGCGCUGUUGGAGCAGCUGGCGAACAGCAAGACGCAGAACGGGCUAGUGGUCCAGAGGGUGACACUUGAGAAGCACAACUGUGCCCAGUACUUCAGGAUUCGCCCGCCGGACCCGUCCACGGCUGCGGAGGCAGCCAACAAUUCAGCCCACGCCGCCGCCAUCACGCGGAUCCGCCUGUCUGGGGCGGCCGCGGCCGCUGCCUCCAAAGUGGCAGCGGCGCACGCAGCUGCUAGCAACGCGGCGGCGAAGGGCGCAGUCGGCGGCAGGCCCGGCCGGGGCACGUCACAGCAGCUCCCGCCGGUUGGCUCUCCACCGCUGAACCACCUCCAGCCGCCCCCAGGCUUUUCAGGCUUCUCCUGGGCCGUCCCCGGCCCCUCGCCAGACAGCCUCGACGACCCUUUUGUCGGCCCGCCGCCCAAGCGGUUCGCUGGCGGCGCUACCCGCGCCCGCGCCGGCGGCGGCGCCGCGCGGGCCGGCUUGGUGCCGCCCCUUCCGGGCGCCAAGGCGGCAGGGCCUGGCGCGGCGCGGGCGCCAGGACCGUCCAGGCCGCCCGCGUCUCAGCUGCUGCAGGCACAGCUGCAGCACGCGGGCGCGCGGCGAGGGCCUGGCGGCGCAGGCGCCGCCGCCGCCGCCGCCACCGCGGCGGCGAAUGCCGCGGCGGCGGCGGCGGCCCUGCGCGACGCCGGGGAGGACGUGUUGAUCUCGGGGCCGAGCCGUGGGGCCCUGUCGCUGUUCCCGGGACCGCCGGACAGGCUCCCCAGCGGGGGCGUCACGAUGGCGGGGGGCAGCUCCUCCUCCGCGGCGGCGGCGGCGUGGCGGCCGUACGGCACGCCGCCGCUGGCCUUUGCCAACGGUGAGGACGGUCUGGAAGGACUCUUGGGACCCGCAAGGCUGCCGGCAUCCUGGCAUGGUGCUGCUGGCGGCGGCGGCGGCGGCGGCGGCGGCGCCACCGCCGAUGGCAACGCGUCGGAGCUGCUGCACUACGGCGGCACUGGCGCCGGCUCCGGGGCCCUCCGACAGCACCCGCCUCUAGAUGACUUCUCGUUGCUGGCCCCGAUUUUCCUGCUCUCGCCGCGUGUCGACGCCGCCGGCCUGCUGCCCGCGCAGCUGUUAAUUGGGGGCGAGGAUGCAGCGCUCAGCCCGCUGGGCUUCGUGACCGGCGGCGGCGGCCGCGGCGCGGGCAGUGGCGGUAACGCCGGAAACGGCGGAAAUGUCGGAAACGGCGGAAACGGCAACGGAGCUGACAAUGCGGCUUUGCGGGACGCCCUGACAGCGAUGGGCUUGAGUCAUGAUGCUCUGGCUGUGGGUGGGCUGGGGCACGGGCCGCUUCGGACCACGUAUGGCGCGCUGGCGGCCGGAUACCUGCCGCCGCACCUCCUGGGUAUGCCUGCCAGCGGCGGCGGUGGCGUCAGCGGGGCUGCGGAUGCCGCCGGCGCGGCGGGCGGCGGCGCGGGCGGCGGCGGUGGCGGCGGGCGCGGUGGCGGCCGGGCACGUUUGGAGCUGGCGGAGGUGGCUAGGUCGGUGGCGGCCCGGGUGGCGGCGCCGCCGGGCGGGCCGGCGCUGCUGACGGCUGAGCCCAUGGCUAUGGACCUCAACAAUGGCUACUACUACAGGGCCAAGGUGCUGGAGGCUGCGGGCGAGCAGGUUCAUCUGGAGUUUGUGGGCUUUGACGAGCCCAGCUUCUGGCGCAGCCUGACCGACGCAACCAUCUGGUGGGGUCCGAGCGAGGGCGAGGUGGCAGCCCACCUGCCGCCGCACCUGCAGCGGUACCGCAUCAACUGGAAAUGCGUCAACCGGACAGACGGCUCGUGGGUGCCCAAGCCCUGGUGCAAGCCGUUCAGUUUGCUUGGGCUGUCGGAGGUGGCCGAGGCCCUACUGGAUUCUGACAAGCCUGCAGCCGCCCGUCAGAGCGGCGGCGGAGGCGGAGGCAGCAGCGGAGCCAACGGCGGUGGCGGCAAAAGCCGCAAGCGAUCGCGGUCCAACAGCGCCUCACCACCGCCACCCCGCGCCGCCCUGGCCGCACCUGGCCUAGCCGACAGCGCGGCACCGGGCGGGUGCAAGGCCGGCGGCGGCACGGCCGGCGACCGCAACCGCGCCGGCGGCAGCGCGGCCGCCGCGGCCGAGUUUGAGCAUAUGAAGCGGCGCCUGCGGGAGCUGCUGCCGGCGGAGUCGCAGCUGCACGACGGCGGGCUGGGCGGCGCCGGCCUCGGCGUGGGUGGCCUGGAUCUAGAUUUGGAUCUGGCAAUGGGCAUGGGCAUGGGGGUUGCUGGGCUGCACGGUCUGGCCUCGUCGUUCAACAGCUCAGGUCUGGCGCUACCUGGCACCGCGCAGCGCCAGCAGCCCACCAACCCGGUGAGGGCCGCCGUCGCCGCCGCCGCCGCCGGCAGCAACAGCAGCAAGAGCAGCUGCCAGCUCGCCACGCAGCUCUGUGCAGUGGUGCCGAGCGGCGCGGCGGGGGCAAGCAUGUCCGCCGCUGAGCCGGCGGGUGGAGAGGGCAGCGGCGCGGCCCUUGCCGCCGCGCCGAGCGAAGCAUUAGCCGCCGCCGCAGCCUUGUCCGAGGUGGUGGCGAGGCCGGUCUCAUAGGAUGCGGCGGGCGCGUAGGCCGCCAGGGCAGGCGGCGGGCCGCUGCCGUCCCCGUGAUUGGAGCUACCGGGAUGAUGUACGGAAGUGGCACCAGCGGCGGACCUGAACCCUUGAUUUUGAGGCCUGGCAGUUAGGCACGGCGUUGCUGUCAACCCCGUCCCUGUCGUGCGUGCAGGUUGGGUGCAGAGCUUUUGCAGGAGUGGCAGUGAACGAACGAGAUGAGGACACGACUUUGCGCAGAGUGCCGUGUUACUACGAUAGUAAUAGUCGGAUAAGAAGUGAGGUAGGGAAGGCGAUGCGGCCCAGUGGCACUGCUGCCGAAUUCGGGGUGGGUGCGUGUGAUGGGGGGGCGAUUGUGUGGGUCGAGCGCCCUCGGACCUAGGGCGCAGAUAGAACUCUGCGUGUCAAGCUUCAGGACUGACUGGAUGGCGGCGGCGUGCGUGCGUGGGCCGGCGCAGCUUGGUGAUGCAGUGCUGGUGCUCGGCCGCAGUGCGCAGCGGCCCGGGGCAGCAGGGCACGAAGCCAAGGAUGGCGCUUUUACCCCAGGAGGGGCGGGAGCCCGUGAAACGGGCCCCGCGGGGGGAUGGCUGGACAAGGCAUGUACUCAUUGUAGUGCCGAAAGUCCGG